AUGAACGAGCUGGUGGCCAAACAACAGGUCACUGGGAAGGCCAUCCUUCAACUAUACACCAACAUGAAGAAAGAUUCAACCUCAAGAAAGUCAACUGAAUACUUUAAACGCCGCACUGAGGCGUUGAACGAACAUUGGGCCAAUGCGGAACAAACUCAUGCCGAGAUAAUUAAAAUCAAAGAAUUAUCUCAUGAAUAUUGGACAUUAGAAUAUUAUAAACAAAUCGAAAAAUCGUAUCAGGACUGUUAUAAGUACAUUCAGGACUCAACAACAUGUAUUAACGAAUCCAGCGAAGACGAAGAUACACGAGUAAAAUACCAGAUGCAACGCAUACAGGAUCUUCAGCAAAUAAUGAACAGAAUUGACGACGCAUUAGCCCAUGACCAGACUAUAGAUAGGUACGAAAUUCUGUCUGAAAAAUUAAUUAAUCAAUGGCAAGACUCAACAACAUGUAUUAACGAAUCCAGCGAAGACGAAGAUACACGAGUAAAAUACCAGAUGCAACGCAUACAGGAUCUUCAGCAAAUAAUGAACAGAAUUGACGACGCAUUAGCCCAUGACCAGACUAUAGAUAGGUACGAAAUUCUGUCUGAAAAAUUAAUUAAUCAAUGGCAAAUGACUGAAAAAGAAAGGGACGAAAUGCUCCUAGAGGAGGAGAUCCUUCUCCAAGAGGAGAAAGAGAAGGAAUAUUCCACACAUCAGGCCAUCAUUCAGCUAACCACGAUAAAAGUAAGUCGUAGGCUCGCCAUCAACAUCAGGGUAGCCUACAGGACAGUGGCAACAGAUGCAGUGCUGGUGUUGGCGGGUCUGCCCCCAAUGGACCACUACGUCACGCAAGCAUUAACGGGACACGGGUCCUUCUCCACUUACCUGUUUAAAAUCAAGAAAAGAGGCAACACACCCUCUUCGGCUGUCAUAGGUUUGAGAAGCACAGAAAGAGAGCGGCAGGCAGGGGCCCGAGUUAUACCGACUAAGCGUGCUCUUGACAGUAGUCAGACGUGCAGAGGGCCAGCCACCCGAAGCCGGCAAAGGCUCAAAUCCAAAUUCAAACCGGCUACGAGUCAAGAAAGGGUAACUCACGGAGGGGGGGAUGACCAAGAUCUCGGUCGCCCAUUCGGAACCCCUGAGGAGGUCAAUCAUGACGGACUGGCACCGCAAAUGGACACGAUUGAACUCGAAGUUCCCUUUACAGAAAGAUCGUGCAGAAUGUGUCUCCAAUCUGCAAAAGGGAACUUCCUGCACAUGAGAAUAAAUGACGCUCUAAGCCAUGCAAAGAAGUACCACGCAAGCAGUCGCGUGGUAUUCAGGUGCACCGGUUGUAUGAAGCUCUAUCAGACAAAGUAUGGCGCUCAUGUGCAUCAGGCGAAGUGCGCAGGCCCGGCCUAA